AUGGCCGACCCAACACUCCAGCCGCCGCAGCACUGGACCGACCUGCCGGAAGAAGAUGACACCGACUCAGCCCUCGGCGAUGACGCCGCCAGCUCGACGGCUUCAAUAACGUCCAGCAUCCUGCAAUACCGCACGAUCAACGGGCGCACGUACCACAGCGACAUGGGAAAUAACAACUAUUGGGGCGCGAAUGACGAGCGGCAGAACGAGACGCUGGACAUCCAACACCAUUUGUUCACGCUCAGCAUGGAUGGAAAGCUCCACUUUGCACCGUUGAAAGACGACAUUGAGGCAAUUGACAUCGGAACCGGCACGGGCCUCUGGGCUAUUGACUUUGGCGACCAAUACCCAAACUGCAAGGUAAUCGGCACCGACCUCUCGCCGAUCCAGUCGCCAUGGGUGCCGCCCAACGUGCUCUUCCAGAUUGACGACUUCACGCUCGACUGGACGUUCAGGCCCAACUCGCUUGACUUUGUGCACACGCGCUGGCUGAUUGGCAGCGUGCCCGACUGGACGGUGCUGAUGAAGCAGGCGUACGCGGCCCUCAAGCCCGGCGGCUGGAUCGAGACGUACGAGUGCAACGGCUUCUUCCAGUCGGACGACGACUCCGUGCCCGAAAUGAGCGCCCUCGCUCAAUGGGGCGUCAUCUUCCGUGAAGGUGCCCGGAAGCUCGGCUCAACCUGUUCCUUCAGCGUCCCGCGCGACGGGGUCCAGAAGAAGGCGGCCAAGGCGGCCGGUUUCGUCGAGAUCCACGAAAAACUCCUCAAGAUCCCCAUCUCUGAGUGGUCCGACGACCCGAAGCUGCGCGAGAUCGGCCUCUACUCGCGGGCCGCCAUCGAAAAUGACACCGAGGGCAGCGUAGGCCUCCUGGCCGGACAGCUCGGCUGGUCCAAGGAGGCCAUCCAUGUCUACGCCGCCCACGUGCGCAAGGAGCUGCGCGCGCUCAAAUCCCAUGCCUAUUACAAUUCCCUCGUGGUCUGGGCCCAGAAGCCGCUGGUGGAACAAACGCCGCUGCCAGAGGAAGAGCCGGUGCUAGUGGAAGCUCCUCUCGACGAAGUACCCGUGCCGGCUGAAGCACCAGUGCCAGCGGCAAUACCGGCUCCAAAGGAAGAGUGA